GGGCCGCCCUCAGCAACGUGACGCCGCAGGCGGUUGGUAGGGCCGGGGCAGGAAGUGGUUCCUGGCGGCGGAGAGCACUUCCGGGGCAGCGCGGCAUGGCGGCGCCGGGCCGACCGUCGAGGAGCAGAGUGUGAGUGGCUGCGCCAUUGCGUUGGGCCUCAGGAGAACAGUGUGUGACUGUGUCUCGAGCAUCCUGCGUGGCCGUUGCCAGAAAGCAGCCUCCUGGAGAGCAGCAGAGCAGCAGGCUGUCUGCGCUAUGGCCACUGAAGUGCAUUUCUCGGCCCCUGAGAUCCCUGAGCCCACGCUGAUGGAGAACGUGCUGCGCUGCGGCCUCUUCUUUGGAGCCGUUUUCCAGCUUCUGUGCGUGUGGGCCAUAAUGCUGCCAGUUUCCAAGUGCCCAGAGACAGACUCGGACGGCUUGGAGUCUAAGACUUGGGAGACGGCGAAGAAACCAAAGGCAAGUGCUGCACAGCUAAGCAAGAAAGCCAAGAAGGAAAGCAAAAAGAAACGGUGAGGGCUUGAGCGAUAAGCCUCAAAGGCCAAAGGAAGCAGCGGGAAUGCUUGCUGAGAGGUGCUCCAAAGGCAGCGCACUGUACGUCUGGUUUUGUGGCGUGGCCGUGCUUUCCCUUGCACGGACAUUGGAGAGGAACUGAGGAAGCUGGAGGGGCUUCUGAUGCGUGACAAACAAAUCGGACUUUGCCUGUGCGGGAUUUCAUGUCUGGCAAGAGCUGGGGACGCUGCGUUCCUUCAGGGUCCUUCAGCUCGAUAGCUGUUUCAGAAUGUUGAUGAUGAGGUGAACAUAGCGCAUGUCGCUGGUCAUGAGCGGUAUCCAGGCUAUUUUAUUUUCUGUUGACGUAUCUACAAAACGCAACCCAAAUCCCUUAGUUUCAAAUAAAAGGGAAACAAACCUUU